CUCUCUCUCCGUGCCUCUGCAGACAGACCAGCAGCAGCGUGUGUUUGUGGACGCUCUUCUCGGCGCUUGAAUGAAGUGAACUUUUCCUCUGGAGGAUAAUACUCUCGGUGUUGUGGUUUUUCUGGACUCUGCAGGAUCCUGAAUGUGAGUACAGAUCUGCUCUUUUUUUUUUUACUCUCUUUGCUCAGUGAGUGAAACUGUCACCUGCUAUAGAAAGCUCUGAUUCAGCUCCGUUUGCUGGAGUCUGAGCUCAGGCGCUUCAUACACAACAUGUAUUUAAAGAGUCAUUACACAACGUGUACUUACGCGCCUAUAGCAUUUAGGAAAAACACCUGCGCCUCUGUCUGUCUGACUGUGUGUGUGUGUGAAGAGUACAGCUGUUAGGAGGAAUGCUGCUGUCUGCAAACGGUGUGUGCUUCAAUUUGACUGUUACACAACAGUGAGAGCCGAUCAGAGGGAGGCUGCAAAACCACAAACCUGCUGUUUAAUAUCAGAACACUGUUUUUACAUUAAUGUUAACAAGCUGACUGCAGAUGUAAAUCUUUCUAAGACUCUGUUUUCACUUGCAUUGAUCUGAGCUGAUGGGUAGGUGAUCAUUAUUCUUAGUAACUUAGUGUGUUAAAUCCCCUCAUAGAUGUGAAGUUGAACUCUCCUGGUGUGUCUGAAACACUCUGCAGUUUCACGUUAACAGAAAAGGAAGGUCUCAUUCUGCGUAACAACAGUCACACAUUCUUCAUUUUCCUGCCGUCCCUCUGCGUCUCUCUGUUUCCUCCGUCUGUCAGCCUCCCCUCUCUCUCUCUCUCUCUCUCUCUCUCUCUCUCUCUCUUUGACUCGUAGUAAAGUGAAAUCAUCGCUUUAGUACGUGGAAACAUUACAGGACAGAGAGCUCUUGAGCUCGUGCGCGGCUGCGGGGGUUUCAACUGCAGACCAUUAAUAAAUCAUGAGAUUGGACAAAUAAAUCAGCCGCCCAUGAUACUGGCGCUCUGUGCAGGGUCCAGAACAUUGUUCCUGUGGAUCAGAACCAGAUCCAGCUCUUCAGAAAUAGUGACAAAUUAUAGUGUUCACAUUUUCUGACACAUUCAGAAAGUUUACACGCACUGUUUCACAGUUAAAGCUCCAUGAGGUGAUUUUACUGGACCUCCAGCAUGUUCCCCUCCCCUACAGUAGGUGGCGACAUGCUCUCUCUUAGCUUGUUACCGGUUGGUGUAUUACAAAUGAAAACAACAGGAUGAAUGUUAAAAACACGCUCACUUCUUCAGCUCUGCGCCGUUUGUUUGGAAAGUUUGUUUCCUAGCUACACAUCCACGCUUUUCCUGAUCCCCAGAUGUUAGUCCGACUGUGAGGAGUUCGAUUUAGAGCGAUUUAUGAUUUUUAAAAGUCCAGUUUCAGUCGGUCUGAGGGAAUAAAUUCUUGUGUUUUUAACAGCAUUUAAAGAUUUGCUCAGGAUCUGGAUUCUUGACCCUCAGACUCUCCCAGAGUCCUCCCUGCUGGUCUCUUAGGACGAUCCUUACUCCAAGUCAAACAUGAAUAACCUACAUGGAUAUAUGUUUAUUUUCUUUGACUUCUUCUUCUUUUUGUGGGGUGGGGGGUCCAGACUCAGCCCCUAAUAUCCACAAGCCCCCGGACAGACGCUCCGUUUACGGCUCCCUCAGCUGCAUCUUCACUGUCCGUGAUUUAUAGUUUGUUUUUGAUGUUAAAUUUGAUCUCCCUCACAUAGAUAAAAUUAAUCUUUUCAUCUUUAUCAUCAUGCAGCUGUGAACAUCCGUAAAGAUGUGCUGCAGACCGUGAGCGGGGAACUGGCUACUGUUUGAGCUGAAACUCUGAAUUUAAGUCUUGAGAGGAUUAUUUCCUGUUUCUAAAAACAGACGUCAGGAAAAGACGGAGAGAAACGACGUGCAGCAGGGAAAUCCAUCCACUCCAGAAUAGAUUAAAAACGGCUCGUUCAGUUUUGGAGACACUAACCGGUCUGUCCUCACUUUUGAAUCAUCUAACAGUCACAUUUCUGGAGUAGAGACGAGCCCUGAAGACUCAUGUUUGGGAGUCCAUGUGUUAUCUCGUCAUUGAAAGGUCGAGCAGAUGAGCGCCCUCGGGCAGGAAGAGAGUCUGAGAGGUUGUGAUCUCCGGGAAGCAUCGUGCUUCAUGGAGCUGCAGGGAAACGUCUCAGCAGACCUUAAUGGUCUUUUCAGUGAACGGUCGGUGUAAUGAAUCUUCAGCUCCUUCUCAGCUGCUGAAGGAUCUCCUCCUCCUCCUCCUCUCAUCAGAUCAUGUGAAGCUCUUUAUUAUUAUUAUUAUUCCACCAAUUCUCCUCUCUCCUGGACUUUUCUGUGAAAUGUUCUGUUUGUAUUGACUCUGGUGAUCUGAGCAGGAUCUCCAGUCUCCUCACAGAUCGUAUCCUGCGCAGAGGAUAUUUAUUUACCCUAUUUAAGAUUAGGGUUGGGGGUCAAUUCAGUUAUCAGUGCUGAUUAUUAGUUCAUUGAUUCCUUAUUCAGAAUCAUGAAAUUUAACACACCAACAACAGACGUCACAGAGUCUGUAUGUGAACGGUGAGGACAGCAGCACAGAGGUGUAACCACAGACAGUCUGGUGUUCCUCAGGGCUCUGUUUCAGGUCCCGUCUUAUUUUCUUCAUCCAUGCUCCCCCUGGUGUUCGUCAGAAACAAGCACAGUGUUAAUGUUCGUUUUUAUGCAGAUGAUACUCAGUUAUACCUUCCUGUUACGACGGACAGAUCAGGACAUGCUGAGCUCCAUGUGUGGUUAAGAAAUUCAGAGUUAGAUGUCAAGAAACUUUAACGAAACAGAAAUUAUUUUAUGAUCAAUCGUAUCUUGUUUUUUUACGUUGACUUUCUGUAUAUUUCAGAGCAGAUUUAUGAACUCUUUUAAAGUGUGUACAUGUCCUCUGUGAUUUUAUGACCUUGUUUUAUUUGACUGUCCUUGUAAAACACUCUGUCUGUUGGUUUUAAAAAGUGCUCCAUAAACAAAGUUUAUUAUUGUUUUUAUAGAAAUAAUGAUGAGUAAAUCGAGUUUUAAAAACUGGGCGAUCACAUGACCAACUUUGUCCAAGGUUACCUAGCAACAAGAAGUAGCCGGACUUCCCUUGCGGAUCAUAAUGGCAUCACAAGACUCAGUUCUGACCCUGAGGACAGAUAAUCAGAGCUGUUAGAUGACUGUGGUUACCAGAGAGAUCCAGCUGUGCUUAUCUAAUACUCCCUGUCAACCCCCCUACACACACACACACACACACACUGACCCCUGACCCUUAUACAUAGACGUCUCUUGUGUUGGCUGUUUUCCUCCGAGGUCAGGUCCUGACAUGAACUUUAAAAAACACGUGAAGUUUGACUCAUCAGCUCGUACUCAUCAGCUCUCCUCCUCAGUCACUUAGAGUCACAGAAGAGGAUAUUACUAAACUGUGGGGGGGGGUCUGAUUACUCAAAUAUGAGCAACAAGAAGUUUGUGAAAGACUGGAAUAUCCUCCUACAAUCAGCUGCAAUCAAACAAAGCAUGAGCAUCCACAGAGCUCGGAGAUGAAAUCACAUCAGACCACUUUUCAUCUCACUCUGCCAGGAGGUCAAAGUUUCCUGUUAUCCUGGGAAAUAUCGUCAAAUCUAAUAGAUGCUUUAGAAGAAUUAGAUUAGGGGAGGAAGAUGGGAAAAAGGAACAGCUGAGAGGAGAGAAGGAGAGGAAGGUUGGAGAUGAAAGCAGGAUAAUGGGUAGAUAGAAGACAAGAGGAUAAAGAAGGAGCUUCAGAGGAAGGAGGUGAAUGUGAAAGAGAGAGCAGGGACGGUGUCACGGCUCUCCAGAGGACGUGUGAUAAGCAGCACUUAAGAGCCUGUGUGGUAAUGACUGUGAUUACGGCGGCUCAGAGAGGCCGCAGUGUUGGAGAAGGAUGCUAACGGUUAGCCCGACUGGAGCAUCAACACCCACUCUGUUACAUGAUCUAAUUAUACUGCGAGAUAAUGAAACGUGUAAGAAAAGGAAAUGACAGAUUCAUUACAAAGAGAAAUGAAACCAAAAAGGUCACCUUCACAUAAACUCACCUGCUCUGGACUGGACUUUGCUCCACUUUCCAGUAAGGCUGCACGAUAUUGGAAAAAAAUAAUAUUGCGAUUUUUUCAACCCUGCGAUAUAUAUUGCGAUAUUAAAAAUACAGUAUUUUCACCAGUUGACCUGAAUAGCACUUAAUGUUAUACUGCACUGCUGAAAUCUCGAGGACAGUUAAUCUGCUCUGAUUUUACCUCUUUUUGUGAAUGUUAGUAGAACGGCUUCUGUCUGUCUCAGAGAUAUUUUUAGCUUUUAUUGUGCUGGGACGUUAUUGUGGAAACAGAUGAACACAGAAGACGUGUUUUGGUCGACAUCAUCCUUCUUUUAACCGAAAUAAUUCCAGAUAACUGACUUUCCUUUUCUUUUUGGCAACAAAUCUUCAUUUUCGGUGGUUUUCUCUUGUUCGUUGCUCAUUUUGCGAUCGUUGUUGUUGUUGUAAGCGGUGUUGUGCCGAGACACGCAUGUCCUCCGAGAAUUGCAUGCACCUCGCAAAACGCGCACCGCUUAUAGUAGAGUGGUCCACGGAAAUGUACAAUUUAAAACCCAUACAGUUCUUAUUUGUUGGGCUUAAUAGUCAUGAGUAAAGUUCCGAAAGUAAUUCUCAGCGGACACACGUCUCCCUCCACGUGCAGAACAUGUGCAGGGGUGGGUUUUCUCCUCCCUGAUUUUGAUUGACAGCUGGCAGGGUAGUCUGAUUGGCAACUGAGAAGUGAGUCUGAUUGGCAACUGAGUUAAGGACGAAGGCGAUUGGUGGAUCGCUGCACAGCACAUGCAGAGUCACAUGGAGUGUAUCUCAGUCGGUUACCCUUGAAAUUAAAUGAGUUCAUUCACCUCCAAUAUCGCAGGCUCUGCGAUGUGACUAUCGUCUAUCGACUAUAGUCAAACGAUAUAUCGUUCAGGCCUACUUUCCAGAGAUGGUUCCGCUCUCACAUCUGUGUCUGCUGUCUUUAGUUUCUGCAGCAGAAUGAGAGACGAACCGCUACAGUGUUAACAGGUGAAAUGUCCUGUUUUCAUCACACACCUUAAAAAUGAGGCGCUUUGUCAGCCGGUGUUUACUGACACCCACUCAGAGCGAAGUGUUCGAUUAAGUUCUGUUAACUCUGUGGACUUUGACCGAAUCUAAGAGAGUUUACAUGAUUGACAGGAGCAGCGAUCUCCUGAACUGAAGGCACACACAGAGACGGGUGUGAUGGACGGAGAAGAGACCGUCUCUGUCCAGUCUGGAGUCUCAUGACUGGAGAUAAUGAGAUAAUUGUCCCAGAGACACUGAGAGGUGUCAUGAUUUUGGUCUCCUAAUGAGAGGGAGGACUUACGACCUGCAGAAGGUGACAGUGGUUUCAGUCACACACACUUAUCCAACCACCUGACCACACACACACACACACACACACACACACACACAGAGGAGUGUGAUGGUAGGUGCAGCUUCAUGUUUAGUGGUGUUUUUGUGUUUUCCUCUGAAGCUCGUUUGAAGACGAUCGUUUGAUUCAAAAAAACCUCUCAAAGUUGAACCUCUGCUCCUUUUUGGCUCCAUGCCCGCCGUCUGUUUUUGCCUCCCUGCUCCGUCUUGUUCCUCCAAACCAGCCCGACAUUAACGAGGUGUCUUUUUACAGCUCCAUCAUUUCAUUAAUUGACUCAUAAUGAGAAAAUAAUUAGCUGCUUCUAAUUCCCCACAGCUGAAGACUUGUAAGGACUCAUAAGUGUUCAAUUAGCACCGUUAUUGUAAUCUGCAUGUUCAGGACAGGAAUUUAAAAAGGUGAGUCAGAGUCAGACGAUGUCAGGGAAGUAAAAACCUGAGGCGGGGAGAGCAGCAGCAAAGACUUGUGGGUACAGAGAGUGAAAUCAGGUAUGAGUGGAGCAGCGUGGGCAGGCAGAGCUCACUAAAUAUAGGAAAGGAUCCUUAUCCGGUCCCAGGACGCAGGAUCAUAAAAAUCUUUCCAGACAUGUUUGGACUUUCAGACUGACCAACUGACCCGACCUGAGGUUGACCUAAACUUCUGGUCCUUUAAAAAUGGUCCGUUUGGAAGAACAGAGACAGAGUUUUUAUUACCUCUAAACUGACUCCAUCUCUGAUCAUCUAAAUAAUCACGAAUGCCUCACACGGGGCACCAAAAUGACAUGUAGAGAUUUGAAUUUAUAAUAAAUGUCAUGAUAUAAGAUUAUUAUCAAUUAUUAAUCUUGGGACAUUGAUUAUAAAUUCAAUUUGCUAUGAAAUGCACGGUGAGUGAGGGUUCAGUGUUUGUAAUGAACAGAUGAACGGUUCACUGAGUCCCGGGAUUCAUGUAUGUCCAGUUUAUCACCAUAAUCAAAAACAAACACAGUUGUAGCUUCAAUAAGGUUUUUUCUAAUAACUGAGCUUUUGUUCUGGAGCGUGCAGAACCAGAUUAAAGUAGAGCUGUUUAUAAAGAGUGAGGCUCCUGCACCGCUUUCAUAACAACAGAGGGAGGGUGUGUGUGUCGAUGAGAGUGUCAUCAGCAUAGAGGUGUGUGUUUGCUCUAAUGUGCUAAUACCCAGGUCAUUUAUAUAGAGAGAGAACAGAAUGGGUCCUAAAGGAGAGCCCUGUGGGACACCUUCAGAGGAUCAUACUGAUGACCGUCUGCACAGACUCACUGAAGUCGAUCUGUAACCCAGGGCCCGACUGAUUUAAUUGGCUUGCCGAUAAAUCGAUCGGGCCCUUCUGUAAACCCCGUCAUGUUUCUGACCAAGUAUGAAAAUGUUCCUCCAGGUGUUUUUAGGCAAAGAACUUUUCCAAACGGUGUCGCUGGAAUCAAAUAUAAAAUUAUUAAGUUCUCCCUAAACAUUUUUGAUUAUUAACACCUGCUGUGUUUCCUUUACACGACUUUAAAUUAAACACAAAUUAAACAAUUUCCAAACCAUCAAAAUCACGUCUCUGUUCACAGCAGCCAACGUUUCUGGAGCUGCGACUGUAAAACUUGACACACACAGUUUUAUUUUUCUUUGUAUUGGCUCCCUCUCUCUCUCUCUCUCUCUCUCUCUCUCUCUCUCUCUCUCUCUCUCUCUCUCUCUCUCUCUCUCUCUCUCUCUCUCUCUCUCUCUCUCUCUCUCUCUCUCUCUCUCUCUCUCUCUCUCUCUCUCUGAAGACCGAGGUGUUUGAAAAGAAACUCUGUACGAGUGUUUGUGUAACUGACGAUCAUUUGACACUGCGUCUGAAUGCGCCACUAAAAAGGUUUAGAUGAUGUCACUGCUGUCAGACUGUAAACACUGUCAGCCUUGUUACACACACACACACAGACACACACACAGAUGUCUGCAGUGUGGAGACAGCAGCACCUGUGGCUGCAUUAGAGCAGUUUCAGGUGGUCGAUAACCAUCUCACUCUCUCUCUCUUUGUUUGUCCUCUUUCUAUCUCUCCCAUUAACCUCCAUCCCUCCAUCCACUUUCCUCUUCUUCUCUUUCAUUUUCCAUCCAUUUCUUUCUCCUUUCUUUGUUUUUAUGAGGAUCAAUUUCCUCUCGUCUCUGCCUCUGUUCUCGGGGACGUGAUGCUCCUCUCACAGUCAGUCUUUUUUUAACCUCUUUUUCAGCCUCUCUUUUUUUCUCUCUUUCUAAAAUAAAACUUAUUUUUCUUGGCUUUCCUCCUCAUCCAUCUUUCACAUCUUUUUCUCUUUUUUCUCCUUCCCUGUCUCUCUCAUUUCUUUCUCCUUUUUAAGCUCCUUAAUCGAUAUUUUCCUCCCUCAGCUCCCUCUCUUGUUUCUCUUUCUCCUCUUCUGUCCUUCAGUUUUAUUUUUCAGAAACUAUCUGACACUUUUUGUUGUUUUUCUGAUCUUAUAAUCUCUUUUCCUCUCAGUCUCCUCAGUGAUGAGCUGAUGUGUGUUUUUCUGCUCAGUCCAGACUUCAUGUAGGCUGAGCCCACAGAACUGGCUUCACAUCAGACAGACUGAACUCUGUCAAAUCAUGACUUUGGACUUUCGUACUCCUCUCUCCGGGCGAGUUUGUGACUCAGAAGAGAAACACCAGAAGCAGAAGUCGAGCCAGCUGUUGACCCGGCCUCUCUGACCUGUGAAAUUAAUCUAUUAAAGGAGGGAAACACUUCCUCAUGUCAGCAUGUCAGCCGAGUUUCAGAUCAGGCAGAUGUUUGUGUUUGCGCUGCUGUUGACGCUCUGACUUCAACAUGACGGAUUCACUGAAAGAAUUAGGGGAAAGGUUGAGGAUGCUCAAAGUGAAUUUACAUGACAUUUGAGACGGACUGUCCGCUGGAUCGUAAAUGGACAAAGAGGGAAAGAUCUUUCUCUCUCUCUCUCUCUCUCUCUCUCUCUCCAGUCUGCAGUUAUUGACUCUUCAGUGAUGGUAUCGGAGAUGCUCAGAUGAAACUUUAAUGAUCCAUGAUGGAAAAAAAUUUGAGUGCCAAUACUGCGAGAGAGAAAAUAGAUGACAUCCAAUACAAAUCAAGCGUUAAUGUCCAAACACCUGUUUGAGUGUCGGAGCGUGGAGGAGGAGGAGUGAGCGAAGAUCAGGUCAGCGGUGCAGAGGGGCUUUAACCGCAGUUCCUCCAGCGUCCACUAGAGGCUGUCUGAAAAGGCAAGAAGUCCCAUUAACAUUCAUGUUAGUUUGACAAAUUAACAUGUUUAAGGUAAGGCAAGUUUAUAUUCAUACACAAGGCAAUUCAGUGUGCUUUACAGAUGAGGGGAAAUACAUUUAAAAAAAUCAAAAGGAGAGUCAAAUGAUUUAAAAUUAAAAAGACAUAAAAUGAUUUUAUAAUCAAUAAGACAAACAGAUGAUUAUUUUCGUCUGUUACGUGUUUGCCCCGAACACCAUGAAUCCAAUCCACUUUAUUUCUAUAUCACAUUUUAAGUGCUGCACAAUAACAUUAAAAGAACAAACACGGCAGAAAACAUCAUAGAAAUAAAUAAAAGCAGGUAAAAAACAUUUAAAAUCAAAUCAAAUAAAUGAAAUAAAAACACAAAAGCAUAAAAGUAACAAAAGUGAUAAAAGGACCAUUUUAUAUUAGUUGUACUAGAUUUGUCGUCUAUUUAACAACAACAACAUUUUACAAACCAUAAAAAUGUUUCACAUCAGCACAAAACUCUUUCUAUAAACACAAAAAAAGAAACAACUUAAAAUUUAAGAAAUGCAAAUAGAUUUUAAAAGAUUAAAAUAUUUGUAUGUUUUGUAAAUUAUCUCACUCUUAUACUACAAAAGUAACAGCUAAGUGUUCGACUGCCGUGUGAUGAUUGUUUUUUAAUUUACUGAACCUGCUCCAGACAGUUUCUCAGCAUAUUUACUGACUGUUGGAAAUAGAUCAUGAUAAAAAAUACUAUUAAAAAGAUUCAAAAUGAGAAAAAAAGGACGGUUUUGUCGUAGGAACCCAUCAGAAAUACAUCUGAAUUUUAACCCGGCAGCAUUAGAGUCCAAACUCUGGGGUGUUUCUCAGUGUUCUGAUGAUAUUUCUCCUCAGUUUUCUCAUUUCCUCUUUUUUGAUAAACCGUCUCAAACCUCAUUUAAAUGAGAAUCUUCAGGUCCGUUUUUCUUUGCUGUUUCUUUGUUUUUGGCGGAUCUCUGAAUGUUCAUGAUUUCAUGUUUCUGCUCUGAGCAUGACUGACCGCCAGCUGCCGCCUCGACCCGGCUGACUGAGCGGUCUGUUUGUUUGGGAUGAAGAUCAAAAAUAUACUUCAUCUCUCUGAGAAGUAUUUUGGUUUAUAGAAACGUCUUCAGCUCUGAAGAGAUGGCGGCUCGGUUUUCCCCUUCACAUCUUCUUCCUUUUUCUUCAGUUAACUUCCUCAGAUCUUCAUCUCAGACCGGACCGCUUCAUUCUCUUUAUACGCCGAUGAUAUGACGAUUUUCCUCUCAGACGAAUAGAUCAUCCUUUUAGUCUGAGAUGUAAUCAGAGUUGGAUUCUCAUAGUUGAUUUAGAGCGGAGAGGUGCUGCUGCUGUUUUAAUAAUCCUGUUCUUGUUCGAGUCUUUGGAUGGUGGAUGACUUGAUCAGUGUCAGAUCGAGGUGGUGAAAGAUCGGAUCAGAUUUUGACCUUUUGUGCUUCUGUGUCACUCAGCAUGACGAACAAGAAUAGAACCCACCAAUCAGACGAGGAGAGACAAAACAGGAAGUGGCACAGGAAGCAGCCGCAUCCUGGCAGCGGGCUAAUACGCGGUGGUUACUAAUGAUGACAGUUAUUGUUUUAAAACUAACCUGGAGUCCCAGAGAGUUACAGUCCCCAAACCUCCACCCUGACGUAGUCCUCUACGUCACACCACGGACCCCAAACCUCCACCCUGACGUAGUCCUCCACCAUACACCCGUCUGUCAAACGUAAAGCCAUGAAAGACGGACUUCGGCCUGAUUGAGCCGUGUGUCGUUACGAUAUCAAAACACCGACACACUCCUAUACAAUCAGACACACACACACUCACACACACACACAGAGCCCUGCAGGGAUCAGUCCAGCAGGCAGAACCUCAGAAAUGAGCGGAGCCGGUUCUUAAAACCGCUGACACCUUCAUCCAAACCCGGGCUGUGAGCUCAUUCGUCUGAGGCGUGGCGAGCUGCUCAGGACCCGGAGAACGAGCCGUCAUGUUUUACGUUUGUGGUCUCAGCGGUUCAGACUCUCGCUGCAUGAGUGAGAUGGCAGAAAUAAAGAUGGAUUCAGUCCACGAGGAACGGCGCCGUGAGCAGCAGGAAAUAGGAAUAUAGUCCGAUCUGGAUCUGUUUCUUCUCAGAUGGACUCUGAUAAGAAGUUGAUCUUCAGUUCCUCCAGAAUUAGACCGAGUUUGUCGGAUGACCUCUGAUUGAAGGUCCUUCUGUUUAGGACUGAGCAUUUUCAUUGAUUUAUCCGUAUUUGUGGUUCAGGCGGAUUUUUCCAGAACAACAAGAACAAGAACAAGAUGGCUGCCAGCAGUAAUGAGGAGUUUGACCUCAGAGAAACUCCAGUCAGCUGUUCAGUUUGUUGAAGACUGUUGAAGCUAAAGGCAGGAUGAAUUCAUCCACCAAGUCCAAGCCCGAGGUCGUGUUUCUCUUUGACCCAAGUGAGGAAGGACCUCAGUGUCCUCAUUCAGGACUGAGGGCAAAAUGGAUCCUGAGAUGGAGAGGCAGAGGGGUGCAGCGUCAGCACCACUGUGAUCGUUGUGAAGCCAAAGCCAAGAUCUACGGUCAGACCUUCAGCUGUGGUCAUGAACUCGGGGAUGAUACAGCCGAACGUUUUUCCUCUGAGGGGUGUCCAGGCUCAGCUGUAGGGACAAAGUCAGGCCACACCUCCUUUUGGUGGUGGAACUGGGAGAAGACCCCACAGUAGACCCGCCUUGUGAUCCUGUAGGUAGAGCUAGGUAGCGUUGCUAGGGAGAAGGAGAUGAGGUGCCGAGACUGAUGCCUCUGUGACCCAACCCUGAGGAGCAGAAGAAAGUGGACUAAGGACCUUACACACCAGGAACGAUGCAAAUAUACAUUUGUAGGUUUCUUUAAAGAAGGGGAAAAAGUAAACGUUAAGAAUUCAAAUCUGGUGAAGCUAAAAAAAAACAACAACAUCGUCAACAACGACAAACUCGUGCCGUCGUCCACCAUCAGCCUUUCAGGUGGACUUCAACAACACAGGUGCUCGUCUGAAAAGGCCAACUAUAACAGAUCAGGUCCUGUAGAAAGGACUUAGUCAUCCAACUACACACACACACACACAUACACACACACACACACACACACACACUGUUCUCAAAGUGGCUCAUUCAUUUCUCUCCAGACGUACAGUAACAAGCUCUGCUGAUCUGAUCAGAGCCAAAUGAAGAUUUGUUCAAUAAAGCUCUGUGUUGGAAACGUCUCGGGGAAAUGCGGCUCUUUUAUUGAAGUCAUUAAUUUUCCCUGCAGGGUGUCGGGUCAAGCCUUGGAGGGCUUUGAAACAUGGACGGCUGCUCUGUCACUCGAGCAUGAAAUGAACAGUCAGGAUUAACUACCUGCAGCUUCUCUCCGGCUCAGGCCUGAAGCAGCAUUUUUUCCCCUCUGGGUGUUUUUUCCUCGGACUCAGCCUGGUUUCUGUCCUCUACAGGCCUGUCGUCCUUCCUCCUCCUUCAUGCCGAUGAAUAAUCACAGUUUAGGAUCGCGCUGAAAACAAACAUGUCAGUUAAAGCAGCUUGACUGAGCGUUUCACGGCGAUGGUGUGAUUCCAUUCUUCAGUAUUUUGUCUUUUUUCUGUUCUGUUGUUCGGGGAGAUCAGCUCUGUUAGCAGGAGUCGAGGUUUUCUCUGCAGAUGUCUAAUUCAUGCAGCGUCUCAUUCACAAGUUGUGUUUCCCCAAAACAAAGCUGAUCUGGUGUUGUGAAUUAAACAUGACAAACGCUGUAAGAAGGAGGUUCAUUGGAUCUCACAGCAAAUGUACCGUAAACUUGAGACCGUAAACCACGUCUGAGGAUCUGUGUUUGGAGGUUUGAUCUGUCUUAUUUUAUGAAAACAUUAUAAAUUCAGCAACGUGGAGUUUCUGUGCAGCUGUGUAGCUCUAAGAAGUGUAGAUGUGUUUGAUACAGAUGUCACUCCAGGGUUAAUACUUUCAAUAACCUCGGUCUAAAUAUCUAUAAUCGUUUUUUUAAGGGAUGAUUUUAGGGAUAACAGCCUGAAACCGGACUUAACCAUCAGGUGUGUUUUGUUUUUGUUUAUAAGAACUAUAGUAUACUAGUUUGCAUACAAAGUCAGUGCGGGUAGAAGACCGAGAUAUUUGAUCCCCUUGAAAGUACAGAUAGUAAAGCAGUCUGACUGUAGGGCUGCACGAUUUUAGCCUAAAAUAAAAUCCAGAUUUUUUUCUCGGAAAACUCGAUUUUUUAUUUUUUAUUCUUUAUUCAGUGACAAAUUCACCAAACUUCACUUUAAAAAUAAAACGUUUUUCUAUCGUCUCUCAAAAUAAAACCACUGAAAACGAUGUAGUACAUGUGCCAAGCCAGUAAGUGGCGCUGUAACGCUGCACAGGAAAUUCACAUUCGCACUAUAGUUGCGCUUUGUGUCACAUGAUCGUUUCCAGAGAUGCAGACAGACAUCCACACGGAGAUGAAAUGGUCGUCGUUUACAGAUUUAUUCACUCUCUGACUUGUUUUCAAAAAGUAACGUUUACAGUCAUCUGAAACGCCGAUACGACAAAAAACUUUAGCGUUUCCUCCUGAAUUAGUUUCCGUGGUGACGGGUUGAUACCGCCUUCAGACAGACUUUGCAGCGGGGAGUGGUUUACUCUUCAUCUGAAACUGUGAAGUCGUACCAAUUCAACACGACUGACUCGCUCUUGUCCUAUUUAACCACGAAAUUAUCGCCUUCUUUCGCAAACGCCAUGUUUGUUUACACUGGUCUGGAGGGGUUAGACACUAUAGAGAGGAAAACUGAUUUGACCCGUUUAAUUUUUUAACAUGGUAAUAAUCAAAUAAUCUGAUUAGGAUUUAAAAUGGAUUAAUCGUGCAGCCCUACAGGACAGGACAGGUUCUGCAUUUGUGAUCGAUCAACAUUUGUACUUCAUGUUCUCUAUUUUUAUCUCCUUUAUGCGACAAAAUCAACAAAGAUGACAGGAGAGAAAGAACCCUACAAAGACCAGAACAGAUUUGGACCCGUGUGUCCAAAUAAAGUUCCUCUUUAUCAGGUCAAAACCUCCGAAAAAAACGAGGCUAGGAUGCUAACGAGAGCUAACACGGAGAGGAAACCUUUUCAUAACCAUGUUUUCCGUUUGCUGAUUCAUUAAGAAAACUCUCACACAAAGGAUCAAAGCGCCUGUUAUAACAUCCAGAAACCAUGAAAAUGUGACUCCUUAUCAGGACCUCUUUGUUUGGGUUCAGGCCCCCUUUGUGUCCCUGUAAACAGGCUGCCGGUCCGCUCAGGGCUGUGGCUCUGCUGUAAACGCCUGAUUGAGUUUAGACUUCCUGCUGCCUGAUAUAGAAAGAGGAAGUGAGGCACAUAAAAGAGGGUCCACAACAUGUGAGUGUGCACGACACAAUGUGGUACCAGUCUGGCACAGUACCCAGAAUUCCUGAGAUAUUUCUUAGAGGGAUCCAUGUGACGAAGGAGGAGGGCUGGGAGUAUUUUUAGGUGAAUCUGCAGAGUCAUGGAGCAGAGAAAGUCGAGGAAGGAACUGAAGUUGUUUUUAUUCUUGUCUUUAUUCACGGCUACCUGUGGGGUGGGGGGGUUCAGAGUCAGCUGCUCUGUGUUCGUUUUAUAAACCUGGAGGUCUGUGUUCAAGGGUUUAAGUCCUUUUAUGGAAGAAUAGUGAAGUCAAAUUAUUGCAGUCGUCUCCCUACUACGUGUUAAAAAUAUGAAGUGAAAACUCGACAUUUUUACGGCUCUUUAGCGUUUAUUGUACGAUAGGAAAGUUUUUCCCUUUUUUCGUCCUUUUCUUCAUCUGUAGAAGUUUUGUUUACCGACCAUCUUCCUGGAAAAACGUUUAUGUAAAUUAACUUCCAGCUCAAAACUUGCAUCGUUACACCCAGAGUUGAUGGUGUUCCGGUAAACAGGUCUGAAAACCAAGAUAGGCGCCUGAUGUUAAAAUGUUACGCUGUUUUUAAGUGUUGUUAGCUGUUGUUAGCUCUUUUUAGCUCUUUUAGCUGUUUUCAGCUGUUGUUAGCUGUUACGCUGUUUUUAGCUGAUUAAGCUGUUCUUAACCGUCUGUAGCUGUUUUCAGCUGUUGUGAGCUGUUGUUAGCUGUUAUCUUUUUUUAGCUGUUUUAGCUGUUAAGCUGUUUUUAAAUGUUUUUAGCUCUUUUUAGCAGUUUAGCUGUUUUUAGCCCUCCUUAGCUGUUGGUUGUUUUCUGAGCUGUUGUUAGCUGUUGUUAGUUCUUUUUAGCUGAUUUUAGGUGUUUUUAGUUGUUUUUAGCUUUGUUAGCUGUUAUUUGUUGUUAGGUAAACCAGUUGUAAACAGCACCUAACACCUAACACAGUAUUUGACUCGUACAAACACCAUAGCACUGAGUUCACAGUUAGACGUUGGUCAGCACAACAUAAACCACUUAUUUAAUUUCACAAAGACAAAACAGAAGUGCGAAUAAAUAAAACAUUAUAAGAGUUUUCCAGAUGAAUUUCUGACUUGGAGCUCGGAAAUUCCGACUUCCGAGUACAACUGGAAUGCAGCACUACACCUUGUUCCAUCUGUUAUAAUACAGGCAGUCACCAGGGGGAGCUCUAAAAGAUUUGUCUUCACUGCUAUAGAAAGCUGUCUGCUUUUCCUGUUUUUAUAGUAAAGUGGAAAAAUCACUGAGUCAGUCUUUAAACAGUCAGUAAGAAGUCAGUAAAUGUGGACUCGGCGUCCUCUGAAGGUCGGAGGACUUUAAACGGUAAAACUCUUCUUCACGUGUUUCUGGUUAAAGUGACUUUAAAUAAACAGAUUUAGUUUCUGCAGCCUGUGGAAAAAAUCACUGCAGAGAAGAAGAGCGCUCUCCUCCUCACCUCCUCUGUCUGCGCACACACACACACACACACACACACACACACACACACACACACACACACACACGCACUCUCAGGUGAGUCGGCCACAUGAUGACAGCGUGGGUCCUCGGCUUCAGUCUCAUGACUCAGCUCAGCAGCUGAUGAGCGGCUGGAAACUGUUAUCAUGAGCUUUCUCUCUCCUGUUGUUCCCUGCAGUUCUCAGCGGCGCCGUUCUCUUUUUAACGUCUUCAGGCCGCAGCGGCGUAGCAGCAACACUUCCUGUCCUGAUUAUCACUGUCACUGAAGCUCUCGUUAACUUUGUCGCUGCAGAAAAAAACACUUCAUCACUCAGAAACGUUAAGUUUUUCUGUCUUCUGUCUCCAGCCCUCCGUGUUUUUGGCCGACAUUAAUCCCUCUAGUUAAAUAUCAAUCAGCCGCUCCUCUUUGAGCGUCACUGUGGGAAAAUCCUGGAUAUAUUUUUACCCUCACUGCACCCUGUAGUUUCUCUGACCCGGUGUUUUGUGCAGCGUCGUGCUUUUCCCUCCAGCUGAGAGAAGGAAACUCUCCAUCCUGUAAUUACUCGCACGCUCGCUCUUCUCCUCCUCUCUUAUCUGGUCCUGCAGAGACGAGUUUUCUGACACACUCGAGAACAAACCGAGAAGCGUGUCUGUAUCCAUGUCAGCCUCCAUAUCUGAGAGGAGAGCGUCUGCACGUGUGCAGAGGCGGCCUCCGCUCAGCUCCUCUGUGGGUCAGCAGACAGAACAUUUACCGUCCUGACAGAUGGGAAGCAGUUGGCGUAUCUGACAUGAUGGUCCGAGUUCUGAAGCUUGGGCUCGGCUCCGACUGUGUGGGCUUCAUCUUUGAUGUGAACACUCGGCUUAGAAAUAUAAUGGAAUCACUGAGCUGCAGAUCGCAGAGAUGAAGCUCUACAGGAACUUCUGUCGUCGGGUAUAAAAGCUGCAUGAGUGGAUGAUGGUGGUCUCCUACUUUACCUGCUGCAGCGCUGAUCUUCAUGUUUGGAGUGAUGGAUGUUGGUCAAACUCACCUGUACUCUUAAAUUAAUGCAGCGUCGCGUCAGAGAUCAGGGCUGCACGAUUAAUCGGAUUAUUUAAUUAUGACAAUGUUAAAAAAAUUAAAAUCCUCAAAUUGAUUUUCCUCUCUAUCAUGUCUCGCUCCUCCAGGCCAACGUAGGCUCCUCCUUCUCCCCAGUUCCCACACACACCAGUGUAAACAAACAUGGCGUUCGCAAAAGAAGGCGAUAAUUUCGUGGUUAAAUAGGACAAGAGCGAGUCAGUCGUGCUGAAUUGGUACGACUUCACAGUUUCAGAUGAAGAGUAAACCACUCCCCGCUGUAAAGUCUGUCUGAAGGCGGUAUCAACCCGUCACCAUGGAAACAAAUUCAGGAGGAAACGCUACAGUUUUUUGUCGUAUCGGCGUUUCAGGUGACUGUAAACGGUACUUUUUGAAAACGGGUCAGAGAGUGAAUAAAUCUGUAAACGACGACCAUUUCAUCUCUGUGUGGAUGUCUAUCUGCAUCUGUGGAAACGAUCAUGUGACUCACAGCGUAACUCUUUUAUGGCGCCAAAACGACCUUUAUACACAGGAGGGCCCGACCGAUAUGGAUUUUUUGGGGCCAAUGACGAUACUGAUUAUUGGGAGGGAAAAACAUCUAGUUACGAUUAAUCGGCCAAUUUUUCAAUUUUUUUAUUAAGUUAUAAAAAAUACUUAUAUUAUACUUCUUGCCGACAGGAGGACCGACUGAUCAAACUGGGACCAGAAAAGCGUUUUCAAGUACCGAUGGGCCGAUAAACCGAUAAGUCUCAAACGGGCUAAAAUUAGCCGAUUUAAUCAGCUCACCCAUAAAUUGGUCGGGCCCUAAUACACGUGCUCUGUACUCUUCUUCUAUCUUUUGUGCACUUCCUGUGCAGGGUUACAGCGCCACUUACUGGUUUGGCCUAUACACUACAACAUUUUCAGGGGUUUUAUUUUGAGAGAUGAUAGAAAAACUUUUUAUUAAAGUGAAGUUUGGUGAAGUUGUUACUGGAUAAAAAAUAAAAAAUUGAGUUUCUUAGAGAAAAAAUCUGGAUUUUAUUUUUGGUCAAAAUCGUGCAGCCGUACUGUCAGAGAUGCGUGUCUUUGGUGAUGUUGUAUAACAGCAGUGAAGUGUGGAGUUUGUGGAGAAUGAGGUCUCCUGUGUAAACUUCAGUCACCUGAUCAGACUCUUUAUUUUUAUAUCAAAGUGAAAAACCAGAGAAACAAACACGUCCACAUUAGGACCUCGGUAAAACACUCAGCAGGACUCAAACCUCUCUCACUUCACUCUGCCGUUCACCUGCUGGGCCUCACGGGUGAGACUCGCAGACAAACACGUUCAGGUCUGACUGCUGACUCAGACUCUGCGGGGACGUUGAAGUCAGAUACCAUAGUGGUGCAUUUUCCUCCAAAGAUAUUACAGAAAGUGAUUACGCUGCAGCAGACUGAGCCUUUCUAAUGAUACGCUCUGCUUGUUUGGUCCAGAUAUACCCAAUCAUCUUCUCUCUAAUCUGAUCUGAAGUCACCGUCUGUUCUGACUCACCUGUAAGGGGAUUAGACUUUUGAUGGAUCGUAGCAAUAACCCUGACCCCGGGCGGCGAACGCUCCGCCGGUGACAAGUGUCAGUCAGCACCUCGUACGGUGUAAAAACAGGAGCUGGAGACCGGAGCGAACUCUGUCACCGACAGGAACAGGAGUCUGAGCGAGGACUCUUAGACCAGGUUUUAAAGGAGGACCUGACCCCGUCUGAGCACGAAUAGUUCCUGACUCAGAGAGCGCUCGAACCUCAGAAAUGUUGUGUCUGCAUUAAAGCGGCACAACUGUGUGAUAAAUGGACUUCAGCGCAGACCUCCACCAGGACGGAGGUGAUAGGAGGUAAUUGGAGCCCCUGUGGUCCAGGAUGAUGGAUGUCUGUGAACUCGGACUUUAAAUCAGCAGCAAAAGUCCAAGUGAGACAAAAACUGGAUCUGAAAUCAUGAGUUAGAGGAGUGAGGAGGUCCUCUGUGUUUUUAACGGACACACAGCUGAGCGGAGAGCCACGCACAUUCAAAAUAAAAAACUCAUUUUUAAGAUGAGCUGCUUUUAUUUAACCGUGGCGGUGCGCUGCGAUAAAAAGGGAAACGUGACAAACUUUGUAACAAUUUCCUUUUGCUCAACGUCCUUCAAGUUGAAAAUGUUUCCAGAAAACUGAAGUUGACCUUUCUUCUAAAACAAACGCUUCCUUUCUGCCGUGUUUUCAAUCACUCGCUCCUCAUAUUAUUGAUCCGCACACGUCACACGCUCGCUGCUGCUGCAGCACGUAACAGAGGUGCAUUCUGGGUGUUUUUCCAGCCGCAUUAAAUCGUUUUUCUUUAAUUAUAACGUUUUUAUGAUCAUGAGAAGCCAAAAUUAAAACCAUGAUUAAAAUUUGAUUAAUCGUCCAACACGGACUGGUUCUGAUCGGUCGAUUAAAAAAAAACAGUCUUUAGGAACUUUUUUUGUGAUUUCUCGAUGAAGCAGGUUGUAGUAAUAGUAGUAGUGGUAGUUGCUGCUGUUGUUGUUCUUGUUGUGUAGUUGUUGUUGUGUAGUUGUUGUUGUUGGAGUUGUUGUCCUUGUUGGAUUUGUUGUAGUAGUCUUCAUAUUUGUUAUUGUGGUUGUCAUGUCGUUGUUGAAGUUUUUGUUGUUGUUCUCAUCGUUGUCAUGUCAUUGUGGUUGUUGUUGUGGUUGUUGUCACUGUCGUUGUUGUAGUUGUCACUGUUGUUGUUGAUGUUGUGGUUGUUGUUGUUGUUGUGGUUGUUGUUGUGGUUGUUGUGGUUGUUGUUGUGGUUGUUGUCACUGUCGUAGUUGUAGUCAUUGUUGUUGUUGUGGUUGUUGUCACUGUUGUUGUAGUUGUUGUUGAUGUUAUUGUGGUUGUGUUUUUUGUCAUUGUUGUUGUUGUUGUCGUCAUCGUAGUUGUUGUUGUUGUUGUUGUGGUUGUUGUGAGGAAUGCUGCAGUUUAGACUUAAAGACACACUCUUGUAAUCAGAUUUCUGUGUUCCAGUUGUGUGUUUGUCAGCGUCACGCUGUGUGGCCCUCUGUUAUCUGCCGGCCCUUUAAAACUCGUCUGUCGCUGCGUAACGUGAGAUCAGGUGUUACAGGUGUUACAGGUGUUGGCGUUCACACCUGCUGAACGUCUCACAGAGAGACCGACACAGCGGCCUGACACUUCAGGCCACAAACAGACUCUAAUAUCAGGACUGUGUGAAUCUGUGAGGCUGGAAGUCUGUUUUUUUGGACGCAGAGAAACACACUUAUUCAACAGAAACACCUUUUUCUUCUUCUGUGUCUCUCUGUCCGUCCUCUUGGGUGAAAUGACGGCGAGUAUUUCAGUCCCGCUCACUCAUGGAUUUAAACUCUCAUUAUCAAGUGAAUCGUUCUGUUAGAGAAACUUAAUCCCUCACUUAAAUCGAUAAUAUCUCUGUUUAAAGUCUCCUCUCACACAGUCUCAGAUGGAUAUCUUUGAACUGGUUUGGCAGGAUGCCUCACUGGAAUCAUGUCUCUUUAGUGAACCUGCAGAAACAUCCCUCAAAUAUAUCAGACUGCUUUUAUAACGAUAACAGCUCACAGUGGGAGGAGCUUGUUCCAGAGCUCAGCUGUGAGUGUGUGUGUGUGUGUGUGUGUGUGUGUGUGUGUCUGUUGGUGUGUCGUUGAGUUUGUCGCUCUGGAGAGUUAGAGUCAGAACUGUGAAAGCAGCGCAGACUCCCACGAGCCCCUCAGGAGGAGAGUCAAAAAAACACAAAUAACAAGCUGCAGCCAUCUGGAAGCUGGCGUGCACGCAAACAGUAGCCUUCUGGCCCCGCCCACUGAGGAGAAACUCAGCCAAUACAGAUCAUCUGGGGAAUAUCAAGGAUUUAAUUACAAGUGUUCACAGCAAACGAGAAAUGAGUGGCAUGAGCGCCGAGGGGAAUAUUGGAGCGCCGGUUUAUAAUUCAACUUCUUCAUCACACAGGAAGUCUUUAACGCCGCAGUAAGUGGCUUCUAGUGUAACUUUGUCUGCGACGUGCCUGCAGGUGUUCGUCUCUUCAUACAGCAGAAAAAACCCUCAGCUCCGACGUUUCCUGUUCAACAUCCUUUCAUGAAAUUAAGACGCUCUAAAGAAAACAAGUUUUUGUUACUUUGACCAAAUUUAAAAUCAUUAAAUUUACUAAAUGAGAUUAAAAAAAAUGUCCACACAAAGACAGAAAAAUAAGAACACUUGAAUACACACACACACACACAAACUUGUUUACAAACACGCUCGGUUCAGCCCGACCCCGGCGUUCUGUUCGCUCUGUCCGGCUGCUGAAAGGUCAACUUCGCUCCUCUCCUCCCCUCUUUGUUUGAGUCUCCUUGUUUCCUAUCUCCUCAUCUCCUCUCCUCACUGUCUCCUCCCUCCUCUUUAGAUCUCAGUGUUUUUGAAAUAUUAGAAAUACCUCUCGGUGUAAAAUUACAGUUUAAAAGAAGUGAAGUUACCAUCUCUAAACGAUAAACUCUCAUGUAUCUGUCGUUGGAUUAGCUCGGUAAUCCCUCGGAGGAUCAUUAACAUCACAUCUAAUCUACCUGUCAUCAUAGAUGUAGUGUCCUAGAUCAGCAACAUGAUGAUUCUUCUUCUGUGUCUCUGAACAUUUACAGAGACAGAAAACUGAGACAAACUCUGCAGCUGAGCGUUCAUCCUGUUACUGAAGUUACUGAGACUGAAACACGUUCGUCUCUCAGGUGACCUGUCGACUGAAUCUGAUUUUCCUCGGCAGAAUCACAGACGAAUGUUCGGCGUUUUUACGUCUGUGUUCGCUGCACAUGCGGCGGAUACGGACGUGAUUAUGGUCCCGCUUCCUGAUCCUGUUGUUAUCUGCCGGCUGAUCUGAGCUUUGUGGGAUAAAACCAACAUUAUCUCCCAAAAUGAUAAUUGAAUAUCCUCUGGUGGAUCUGGUUUCCAUCUCGGAGAAGCUCUUAUGGUUAAACUGUGUGGAGUUGAUCAUCGUUUGUUUUAUAAACAGAUUAUCGGCUAAUUUGUGGGCUGAAGACGUUCCUUUGAAUUAUGGAUAUCAGAGCCUGAAUGUUGCAGAAACAAACGUUAUCAUACAAACACUUGGAGUUUAUCUGAAGAGUCUAUUAUCUGACCUUCAGAGGAGCUCUCCCAUCGCUGUCUGUUCACACGUGUCCCUCAGAUAUGAGAUCAAAAAAUGCAACAGUGGACGAUGCAACUGAGACCUAUGAUUAAAGAGUUGUAUUUGGCGUGAAGACAUCUUUGCUUUAUCCUGUUACACGCUGCUUUUCUUAUGAACGCCAUCGCCACUGUCAGGUUAGUGAUGUUCCUCAGGAGGUCAAACUAUAAAUUAGUAUUAAAGCUCAAACGGUGACGGUCUACUCGUGUAUUUUUGGUUCGACUCCUCUGACUUUGGGAGCUCGUCCUUUAACACUGUGGAUGUCUCGGACAGUCAGCGUUCAUAUAUCUUGUUUACUGCUGGAGGGGCGGAGCUUGUCGCUGUCAUAUAUCUUGUUUACUGCUGGAGGGGCGGAGCUUGUCGCUGUGACCAACAGGAACCUGCUCCAUCCAUCAGCGGUGGGAAUGAAGCCGGGUCUGGGUCUCUGGUGUGUACUAUAUGUUUUAAUAGCUGCUGUCGGGUCGGGGUCAGUGUCCUGAAAUUCAUUUAAAUCAGGAAGUGGAUUUUUGUUUUUCUAAAUCUGAUUAACUGGGAAACUAAUAAAACCGUCUGCUGUAGACCCGUCUGUAAUUUGGUCCACAGAGCAUGAAAAAAACAUCAUCUCCUCAUUGGUGGACAGUUUCAGUCAGUGGAUAAAUAACGGCUGCAGUUCAUUUGUGCUCCUGUGGUGUUCCCUUAGGUCCUCUCCUAGGUCCUCUGUUUCCUUCUGUGAUGUCCUAUCAGAGCUUUAACAGUGUCUCCUAUCACUGUUAUAUUAAACCUUCAAAAAUGUCAAGAAAAAUCAAAGUUACAGGCAGAGCCGGAGUUUGUCAACAGGUAAGGCGGGCAGUUGUUCGGAGCCCCAGGCCACUAGGGGGCCUCCAAGGGCUCACGAACCUUACUCCACAAAAAUGUCCUGAAUAGGGUCGGGGAUCGAGAAUCAAGACUCAAUGUGGAGCGGGACUAACAUUCAGAUUCUCCCCGAAUCUUUUAAAUUUUAAAAUUUAGAUUCCAAGUUUAAAUGCCGGAGUCCGCCGACCGGAAGAAAUGGUCGCCGAACACCAAUAAGGACGUAGCGUGAGAAAUGAAGCCACACAGAGAGAGAGAAGAGAGAGAGAGAGAGAGAGAGAGAGAGAGAGAGAGUAUACAUUGCAACUCUGAUUUGCAAGGAAAAAAACAGCCAAACGUGAACCGUUAACUGUUAAUGAAACGCUAUUAAUGAAAGUUGUGGCUUAACUAGCUUAAGUCUUACCCCGGAUUUCCACCUCUUCCUGAUCGUCGACUAAAAGGUCGUAUCCUCCGAUCGUAGCUGAUCGUAACCAUUCAAGUUAACGUGUCAAUUUACACCGACUUCUUUCCGUUCCUCUGCGGAUAAAUUCAGCACAGAUUAACCCGUGCUGGAAAGGAAGUCGGGCACAGACACAAAAUAAAACAUCCGGCUUCUUUUCAAAAUAAAACACUCCGUGUUUCAGGAGGAUCGUAUUUCACACCAUGCAAACGGGCGGAGACGAACAAGUGAAAGGUUUUUAGACGUCAUUUCACCCCGAUGACACCAUGGAUGAGGAGAUGCUAAGGGAUGCAAUCUACUGCUUAUAUGUCUAUGUGUCUGUCUUUAGAGGGACGAUUCGUUAGAUUGAACAUGAAUCCGCUGGUUCUUGAAAGUUCUCAUAAUUCCCACUAAUCUGCCACAAAAUUCGCCUCACAAACGGAUCCAGUAGGAGAUGGCGGUUAGAACAAGAGUGAAGUUCUGGUUAUUGUGAUAAAAACAAACCAGAGCUGUAGAUAUUUUAGAGCAAAGUUACGUAGUGGUAAUGAUAAAAGUUUCUGUUUCUAACCUCUUUUGUUGGUUUCAGAUCAUUUAUAUUUUCUUGUUUAUCUUAUUUUUUUUAACUUGUCACAGGGGCCCCUUGAGAAUUUCUGCUCGGGGCCCCACCACACUCGAGAAUCGUCUCGAGUUACAGUUUAAAGAGAGAGAGAAAGAAAGAUGAAACACCAUCACAGGCAGUAAGUUAAAAAAAAAACAGAGAAACAGGAUGAAGAAGGAGACUAAAAACCAACAUCAGUCAGAGAGAGAGAGAGAGAGAGAGAGAGAGGCUGACAGCAGAGUAACAUCUGCGAGGAUAAUUAUUAUAAUGAUUAUUAUUUAAUAUUUAAUGUUUAUAUGAUUUUAAGGAUCAUGAAUCUUUAUAUGAAGUAAAAGUGAGUUUGAGACGACCGACAGAAACAGAGAACUGAAGAAAAGAGGAACGAAUGUCCUCCUCCACAGGGCCCCUCUAAUACAGGAACUGAUGUUACACACACACACACACACACACACACUCAUAGCUCAAGGCUGCAUAAUCUGAUCUCCUGUUUAAGUGAGCGCUCAGAGUCCAGGGUUCGAACAGGAGCAGGAAGAAGAGAAACUCCAGAAACAUCAAAAAUCUGAUCCUGGACUUUCUCCAACCAGAACAAACCGACAAAUUGAGAUAAUCCUGCGUCCCUGUUCAGCUGUAGACCGCAGAUCAGCUUUGGAUCUGGACUUCAGAGUCUCUCUGCUCCUCAGACCGCAGCAGGAAAUCCUUUAGAAAAGACCCUCAGGGAAUAUCAGAGCGAAUAUUGACAAUGGCAAUAAAACCUCGUCUGAUUCUGAUCUGAUUCUGAUUAAAGGAGUUAAAAACGGCGAGACGUUCACGCUCUUUCAAAAACAUCCAAAUCUGAGCGGCCGACAAAGAGUUAACUCUGACCUCUGGGGACCUGAGUCUGGUUUAUUUGAAAUGUCACAUACUGGAUCUAAACAAACGGAGAACAAACAUACAGAGAGGGACAUGUUUCCACUGAGGUCUGAGCCAAAGAAAACGUGGCGAGGGUCUGAUGACACUCCUGGGGUCGGCGCUCAGAUGUCAGCGAUGCUGUAAUCGCGGCGCGGUCAAAAAGCCAAACACGAAAAAUCAGACUGGAGUCAGUCGGCCCCGGGCUCCGAAAUAUUCAGGCCGGUCUGAACCCGGGGGUCUCUGCAGUGAGAGGAACAGAUGUGGAGCUUUAAAAAGAGCGGAAUAUUCCUUUAAACUGAGGAGGAGCAGACGUCUGCCCGCCGGAGAGGAGGAUCACAACCUCCGAGACUGACUGACUGAGGGCGGCGAGGGCGCUCUGUUAGACAGGUGUGUGUGUGUGUGUGUGUUUAUGAUGUGUGUGUCCUGGCUGUGACCCAGUUGUGUAGUGUGUUGUUGACAUGUUCGAUGGUGUAACAUUACCGUCUUCCUGUUCCUGCUGUUUGACUGUCAACAAGAAUGUUUGGCAAACAGCCACAAAAACACACACACACACACACACACACACACACACACUCAGGCAGGUCCCUGCUGGCCUUCUGCAUCUCUGUGCUGCUGACCCCCAGUUGACCCCUGACUCCUCGCUGUCAGAGAGAAACGGCACAGGAAAUGUAGAGGAAGGACCCGAACGGGCCUCCAGAACAGAACAGAACAGAACAGAACCACCUUCAUUAAACUGAACUGUGACUACAGACUAUAAAGAGGAGUCACGAGAGGAGUUUUUAGUUUCAGGUUCAUGAAUAAAAUUAUGACCUUAAAUCUUCGUCUAGACUCUGAAACAGUUUCUCCGUACGAGGAGCGGGCCGAGACCGCUGACUUGUACCUGCAGCAGGUGUGUCGGGCGCUGGUUGAAAUCCUCUCUGCCUCGAUGCUUCUCUCUUAUUUUCAUUUAUAAACUAACAGGUAAAACCAGCUGAAGUUUUCCGAAGCCCCCCUUACCUCAUUAUCACCGUAACAGAGCUUCAGUUUAUCCCGGUCUGAAGACAUGUCAGAGAAAAUCAGGAGAUGAAGUAUUUACCAAACAAAUACUGUGACUUUUCAUUAAAUGGAAAAGAGAGACUAAAAUCUUUAACUUAAUUUAAACCGGGACAGCAUGUACGCAUCUCAACUGUCCGAGCCGGGAGACGUGUGUACGUCAUUUCUCAACAUUCUUCAGGGUUUCAGAGUCUCAGACAGGGCUCAGGUCUGAAUGGGUUAAAUUUGUUGACUGAAACGUUUUCAAUCAAAAAUGACUAAAAAAGACAGAAAUUUUACCAAGUCUAAGUUUGUCCAACUGUGACUCCUGAACCUGCAGGAGGAGUUUGAUGAGGCUGUUUGGUUCACCAGGUUUACCCUCAGAGGACACGGACACGUGUUCUGUGUGAAACCAAACCUUGACUCAUUAUUUUGACCCAAACCAGCAGCUCAACCGUCCGGUUUGGUCUGUAAACCCAAACGACUCGGUCUGGUUAAAGUGGAUCUGACGGUUUAGGUGGGAACGAUUUGUCAACGGUUUCACUCAGGACACCUGAGAGCUCGACAAAGUCAGAGUAACGACGUUUUAGAUGGUUUUAAAUCAGCAGGAAAAACAGUCAAACAAACUGAUGUUAGGAGUUAGUCAGGAAACUCACUGGAGAGUUUAAAAAAGUUUAAAAAGAAACUCUUUAAAAAGUUUGUAGAGUUUAUUUUCUCUCUGAAAUUAGAAAAAUUCGACAAAACGAAAAUAAAACUUUUAAAGAGUCUGAAGGAGAAGUGAGGGGGACGAGAUCUGAGGGCUAAAAAUGUGUUUCCUCUAUUUCACACACAAACACACACACACACACACACACACACACACACACACACACACACACACAAACACACACACACACAAACACACACACAAACACACACACACACACACACACACACACACACACACACACACACUUCCUCAGAAUAAAGACUCUCUAUCUGAGUCUGAUGUUCGUCUCUGUGAAGCAGGUCAGCCUCUUGUUUGCGUCGUCUUCUUCCGGUCCUAAUAGUUCUGGUUCAGAACUAUUUACAGAACCGAGGACAGAAGGUCCUGAAGUGUCGGAGAAUGUCUUCAGUGUCUCAUUGUUCAUUGAGUUAUAAUAUAUUUUUUAGAUUCUUCUUGAUUCUUUAUCCUGCUGCUCUCAGAUCAAACAGGUGAUCGUCCUCAUUGAUCAGCCGUCAUAAUAAGGAAGUGAAGAACAUUUUCAGCUCUGACUGAUAUUUAAUUUAUUUAGAGGUAAUAAAACAUCAAAAUGAAAUAAUGUGAAUAAUUAACAUUAGAUUUAUGGAGCCCUUUGUCACUGGCUCAAUUUCUGUCCGCUUCUUCAGCCGACGAUUUCAAAACAUCUUCACCAUCAGUUAAAAUCAUCAAAGUGUAAAUGCACGGCUCAUUAACACACCUGUCACAUGACCUGACACCUGACCUGCAGCAGGACCGUUAUCUCUGCAGCGCUUUACUCUGAUAUUUCUGUGAAAUAAUGUCUUUAAAACCGAGAUAUAAAAUCAUAACGAGUCGUUUAAAGGACUCGUUACUGAAACUGUGACUCCAGAGUUUUAAAAGUGUUUCUGAGUUACAUAAGGAGACGACCUGCUGAGAUCGACUCGAGCUGUAAGAUCACAACUCACAGCAGGACGACGGAGGUCAAAAGGUUUAUUAGUAAUGAAGGAUUAGGCUGUGUGUGUGUGUGUGUGUGUGUGUGUGUGUGUGUGUGUGUGUGUGUGUGUGUGUGUGUGUGUGUGUGUGUGUGUGUGUGUGUGUGUGUGUACAAUAGGGGCCUAUAUCAGCCUGUUCUGUCUGAUCUGCUGCCAGAGGAGAUUAGGUCAAAGCAGGCGUGUACAUACACUUUCUACAACAUACAAACACACAAACACGUUUUUCUCAUUUUCACGUCCAUCAGACUUUUCUGUCCCGUGACUCUAAACUUCGUCGUCAUGAUUGAACGCUCUCAUAGAACAUAGUGUGUUUGACGUGAACGACCAUUAAACCGCAGAGUCCUGGACACGCCCCCCCACUAAGAUGCCCCAUGCUCAGAAUCAUGUUGGUACUAAAACCCGGGUCUGGGUAUCAGGACUUCAAAAGUUCAGACUAACUUGAACUCUGACUUUAGUUUGAGAUCGUUUGUUCUGACUGGUUUUCAGGUGAAAUGACGGCGAGUCCCUGGCGGCCCCGCCCUCUGCGGCUUCGUCAGUAAAGGUUGUGUAACACGGAGGUCGUCUGUGCUCUGACACAGGCUGAGGGUUCGACGCUGAGGAGCCUGAGAGUUUCUGCUAAGUGAUUUGACAGCGUGAAGGAACCUCCCCAGAGCUCAAUUAAAAACACACACACAGACACACACACACAGACACACACACACACACACACACACACACACAGCCCAGCUCAUCCAUACUGACACACAGAAACCUACAGAGAGUUGCGUGUCGACUCGUCGCACGCGAACGCAGCUGCAUGAUAAGCAUCAGUAAUUGACAGAACAAACCACAUUUCUGGUGACGGCGUGGGCAAAGAUAACAGCGGCGUUAAAAACACUCCCAUGUCACUCUGUGGUUUUUUCACAUCAAUCGUUACGACCCGCCCUUUAACAAAGCACAGCCUGAAGAGGUUCGACUGUUUUUAUGAUGAUCACGUUCUUGGAGAAAAGUGAGACUGAAAGUUUUUCUGAUGCUUCUCAUAAAAAAAUUAAAAAAAUCACUGUGGUGAUUUUUAGUUAAAUCAGUCCUGCAGGAGUCAAAGAUAAAAAGCCACAUCUCAGCCUCUGGUUCCUCACUGAUGACUCUCUGUGGUUUUGGAUGAUAGACUGAAAUAAACAAAAACAGCAGAAGAAGAAGAAGUCUGUGGUCGAGGCGUCGGUUUAGUUGAUUGUGUUCGAUUUAAUUCUCAUUUAUAGAGUUUAUGUGUUUCUGCUUUAGCUUCUCACACUCAUAAUAAUUCAGUUUACCGGAGAAUCAGACCGUCUGAAGUGACCUGCUAUAUAAUCCAGCAGAGGGCGCUCUCAUCGUAACCUGACCACUGAAUGUGACUCUUGACCUCCGUAAACUAACUCAGUGAUGUUAUUCACUAAAAACGGCAGCGUGUUCUUCUUCAUCUGUUUAUCAUGGACAAUAACAGAGACGUGGUGAACAACAAAUAUAGUGUAAAAUAUAGAAUUUUUUAUUUAAGAGGUCAGGAUUGAAGUCGUUGAAGAGAUUUGAAACAGUAAAAGUUAAAAAAAUUAUUAACACUUAUCUGCAUGUCUGAUUUCUGGACUUAUUGACCUCAAUGAUGAUUAAUAUUACGAAGGAGCGAAGCUGAAGAAAGUCACCACAGAAAUGUCUGAGUUCAGGUCAUGUUACAUUCUUCGAACAAGUCCAGCUGACCUUUCAACCAAAAAACUGGAUCACCGUAGAAAUGAGCUGACUUUGGAGAAAUGAUGUUUGUCCACAGAGGACCGAAUUAACGUGUUCGUUCGUGAUUUCAGUCUGAGCUCAUUGGUGAGAAAUAUUUGAAUGAAUCCUGUUAAAGCUGAAAAACGUAAAUGAGCUUCAACCUACAGAAGAACUCUGAGGGCAGGAAAACAUCUUUUUAACUUUGACUCUUUUCUUUAGCAAAGAGACUAAACACAACUCACCUACUCUCUUCCAGCAGACGUUUGUAGAGAGACCUCAGGCCAGUCCAUUAUGGACUACAGCGGGGUGCCGCAGCUCAAGGAAGAACAUUUAUGAUCAUUUCUUUAUCAUUUCCUUGAAGUAAUAAUCAUCAUAUUGAUCUUCAUAUUGCAGUAGUUCUUCUGUCUUAGCAUCUCGGUCUGAUUGUAUUUCCAUGAAGAAAUGAUCAUAAAUGUUCUUCUUGAGCUGUGGCACCCCGCUGUAGUCCGAAACAAGCGUCUGCUGGAAGAGAGUGGGUGAGUUGUGUUUAGUCUCUAAAGAAAUGAGUCAAAGUUAAAAAGAUGUUUGGUGUCUAGUACUAUGUCUGUGACCCUAUAUGUACUAACCUGAGUAGAUCAUGGUGUAGUUCAGUUUAGUAACAGAAUCUCAUUGGAAAAUUAGCUAAUUUAACUUUACUGUGCUCUUGUUCAAAUAUACUAACUCGACAGCACAUAAAUCCAUACCUGUUAACAAAAUCAUAAUUUUAUUGAUCAUGUGAAAGUUCCCUCCUCAGUUAUUCACAUUAACCACCUCCUCACUUUUUUCCCCUUUGUUCUUCUUCUCUAAGAAGUGAUAACAGCUGACUGGUCUUUGUCCUUCUCUGUGUUUCAGAUGUUCAGAGGUCCGGAGUAGAUGGACGGCCCGUCGUCGGUCGGCUCCAGAGUGCUGAAGCUCUGUAAAGUCAUCUCUGUUUUUAGUGCGAGCAUCCCUCAGGAGUUUAGUGUGUCAUCAGGACCUUGAGACCCCCCCCCCCCCCCCACACACACACACACACACACACACACACUCUCUCUCUCCUCCUUCUCCUCCUCCUGGUUGCAGUAAACCUGGCAGACCUCUAAUCUCUAAAAGAUUGAUGAGGUUCAGUCCGGGCACAGGAGGCCUGGCACAGCGUCGAUAAGGCAGCUUUCAUUUCACCACAUUUUAUCCCUCUCUCCUCCUUUCUUCUCCUCUUUUCCUCCACGCCGAGGGAUGUGGGGGACGCCUCUAAAGCAUGGGGGAGGAUUAUGACUCAACCCGGGGUGUGGAGGACCGUCCUCUGAACGGGAACCAUGAAAUACUCUGGAAAUGACACUCCUGUGUUCCUGUGUAGCUCUGUGUCACACGGACGUGAGUUAGCCGAGCGGGACGCCGAUGUCGGCAUGUUGUGGUCAAACUGUUGGAGCUGGAAAGUAGUGGAUCUGCUGAGGGACACUCAGAGCUGAGGGACGCCGCCACACACUCGGAGCGCUUCACGCAGGACCAUGUGCAACAUCUCCUUCUGUGAUGUGGACAGUAAGGUGGACCAGUUCUUCCAGCCCACGCUCUACAUCAUCGUCAUCGUCCUGGGGCUGCCCACCAACUGCAUGGCGCUGUGGGCGGCCUACAUGCAGGUGAGACACACACACACACACACACACACACACACACACACACACACACACACACACACACACACACACCGACCUGCCAAUAACCAGUAACUCUAACACAGCGGUUUCAAACUGAGCUGGCCCGGGUUCAGAUUACUUCCUGAAGCUGAAAGAGUCUUAAAGGUGAAGUAGACAGGAACCUGUUAAAGAAGAGUCUUUUUAUUUUGUGAUUAUAUAAACAAAACUCUUCUAAAAUCAGUCAAUAGUUAUUAGUUAUUGAUGACAUUUGGUAAUAUAUCGAUAUCUCUGUGUUCUCUUAUGUCUGUGUCGUCAACAUUUGAACAUUUUUGAGCGGUCCGCUCUUUCUGACUGUAAACAAAGCCGUUCUCCACCUCCUCUAACCUGAUUGGUUGUGAGGCAGACGCUGCUCCCCCGUGUCGUUCAGGAGCCCAAACAAAGUUAGCGUGCUACAAUAUCGGACAGUAGAAACCAACCAGAAAGUUCGGAAAAUUGUCUGAAUCCUCCUUUGGCCACGACUGCCGACACAAGCAAGAAAACAGUCAAACAUAAACAGUCAGCAAGAAAACAGUCAACACCAAACCGGUCAACAGGAAAACGGUCAACACCAAAACAGUCAACAUAAAACAGUCAGCAAGAAAACAGUCAACCAUAAACAGUCAACAAAAAACAGUCAACACCAAAACAGUCAACAAAAAACAGUCAACAAAAAACAGUCAGCAAGAAAACAGUCAGCAAGAAAACAGUCAACCAUAAACAGUCAACACCAAAACAGUCAACAAGAAAACAGUCAACCAUAAACAGUCAACACCAAAACAGUCAACAAGAAAACAGUCAACCAUAAACAGUCAACACCAAAACACUCAACAAAAAACAGUCAACAAGAAAACAGUCAGCAAGAUAACAGUCAACAAGAAAACAGUCAACACCAAACCGGUCAAAAAGAAAACAGUCAACAAGAAAACAGUCAACAAGAAAACAGUCAACAAGAAAAUGCUGCUCCCCCGUGUCGUUCAGGAGCCCAAACAAAGUUAGCGUGCUACAAUAUCGGACAGUAGAAACCAACCAGAAAGUUCGGAAAAUUGUCCGAAUCCUCCUUUGGCCACGACUGCCGACACAAGCAAGAAAACAAAGUAAAUACCGGAGACUCUGGAGGAAUAACGGGCGCUUAAAACGGAGGUAGACCGGACAAGAGCUAAAAAGCCGGGUCAACAUAAACGAUGGGGGACGCUUGGGGAUCUUGGUGACCCUGUAACCUUUCUGCUGGACAGGUAAACCGCUUUAACAAAGUAAGACAAGUGUCUGUAACAGAAGUGUUUCUUGUCAAACGGACCUGCUGUAGCGUGUUGUAGCGCCAUCGCUAAACUGUCCUCCCUCGGGUCCUGGACUAUGUCACUUUAUCCUCGUUGUAGAAGUCCUGCAAACAUUGUGUUUGCUGGUAGUCUGUUGGCAUCUACAGUAGCACCAAUGCUUUUGACUUUCACCUUGACUGGGCCCCAUUUGUAAUGAUCUGAAGUAUUUAUCUGCAUUAUAUCUGAAUUUAAUUGGAACGAUACGAGCGAGCAGGAGCAACUGUUUGUGGGCGGGGCUUACUGAAGCAUUAUAUUUGUCUUUGGAUAUGACACAGAUUGUUUUAAUUACCCCCAGUUUCCAGUUAAUUCCCAUAAGUUCCUGUGGAAAGUUUCUAAUUUGGAACAUUUCCAAAAUUCCCCACUGUCUCUUCCCGUGGAAAGUUUCUGGAAAUUUUCCACUCCUGUGCUGCCCAAGUCCACCCCUAAAACUGUGUAAAUGUGUCAGCCUCCUCGCAGACUAAGCCUCACACCCGUCCUCUUCACUAGGCGGGGUCUGGACCCGAGGAUGGGAACCCACGUCAUGGUGAUCCUGAUACUUCUGUAUAUUCUUCACUUGGGCUGCCACGAUUAUUCAGUCAAUCAAUCAAAGUUCAACAAUCAAAAUGGUCGACAACUAUCUUAGUUUUUUUUCUGCUUUGUUUUUCGCUCUAAAGUCCCGCGGCUCCCUCCUCUCAUAUCCUCCGCUGUGUGUGUUUUGUCCCGGACGCACAUGUGCAGUAGAGCUCAUAGAAGUCGGCGUCUGACGUCACGACAACUCAGUAACAAUGGCGAGCAGGACGUGACGCUCCAGUGUUUGAGAGGAUUUUACUGAAAUUAUAGCGGGGAAGUGUGACUACCAUGCACCAAAACAUGUCGGGUUAGCUGACGGUGAGGAGGCUGGAGAAGGACUGUCGGUACGCUGGUUGGCUUAUUAGCUGCAGGGAUGUGAAAUGAACGACCGUCUUAAUCGUCUUCUUUUUUCGUGAUCACAUACGCUUCAACAUUUUCAGAUGGAGGUUAUUUCAGUUGGUAAAACAGCAGCUUUUAACCUUUAUUUAACCGGGUCGGUCCCAUUGAGAUUAUACACAAUAAUGCAAAAGUUAAAAAUAUACGAUCUGAUUAAUCGAUUAAUCGUGAAAAUAAUCGUGUCGAUUAAUCCGAUCAAUGGUUUGUGGCAGCUCUAUAAUCUUCACUCACACCAACAAACCCAAACAAACACUCUGAUGAACUCCGGAUCCCCCGUUCAAAGACUCGGUGGUUCUGCUCAGACCCGUGUCCUGGUCCAUGUUGGUCCUCCUCUCUGGACUCUCUGAUGAUGAUCACAGACCUCCAUAUUUGAUGAUCAGCUGACGUCGUCGUCGUACAGUCGAGUCAGCAGAGUUUUUCCCAGACGUGGUCAGUGUUUCCCACAGACUCUCCGUUUGCUUUGGCAGCUGCUGAAAAGAUUGUUAUUGACUUUUGAUCGCAGUGAGAUCAUCAUUAAGGAGUGAGUGACAGUUCAGCAUGUGACGCUUGUUUAUUUGACAGUCAGGACGCCGCCGCCGCCGCCGCUCAGGCUUCUGUUUGUUUUCUUUAACCGCGGGAGGUUCCCGUCAGCUCAGGUGAGCUCUGUCACACAGGUGAGCUGAGGUUAUCCUCUAAGGUAACUCCGGCUGUACUGUAAUCAUUAAACGCCACCAAAUGACCUGAAUCAGAACCAUGAACCCAGUCAGCGCCAUGUUUAUUUAUGAAGGGCGGUUCUGCCUAAAUAUUAACAUCUUCAUAGCAUGGGAAACAGAGACGUGUGCCAGCCGCUGGUUUUUACUCCGAUACUGUCAGAUCAGAUCCUGAAUGGAGGAGAGACUGAACCAGUAAAACCUCCUCCUCUGUCUCCAUGUAGUUCUGGUUCAGAGUGAAUCUGUACUGAGUCCACUAAAAACCUCCUGUGUGGUUCUGAUCCGGUGACGUGGAGCGACGUAUAUAUUAGUGUUUAAUUUAGUUUUCUUCACAAACUCAUUUUUUAUCGUCCCUGAGUCGACCUCGUUCAUCCCGCCUCCUUCUCCUCACUCCGACCUCCUCUCUCACCUCCUCCUCCUCCUGUUCUUCAUCCCUCUCUCUCUCUCUCUCUCCCUCUCUCUCUCUCUCUCUCUCUCUCUCUCUGCAGGUCCGCCAGCGUAACGAGCUCGGCAUCUACCUGAUCAACCUGUCGGUGGCGGACCUCCUCUACAUCAGCACUCUUCCUCUGUGGAUCGACUACUUUCUCCAACACGAUGACUGGAUCCACGGGCAGGAGAGCUGCAAACUCUUCGGCUUCAUCUUCUACACCAACAUCUACGUCAGCAUCGCCUUCCUCUGCUGUAUUUCUCUGGACAGGUACCUGGCGGUGGCUUAUCCUCUACGGUUCGCCAAAGUUCGACGAAUCAAGACAGGUACGCGUGAACAGAUCCACCAGGAUACUCGGAGUUUGAUGAUCCCAAAAAAGUCCAGUGAAAGGAGUGUAACUGAGUUUUCAGCACUUCUGAUAAAACUCGUAACGUGAGGAAGAAGAAGAAACUUGUUUUUUCUGUUUCUCUAAGGUUUUGAUCUCUGAGGGGAGAUCAUCUGUAGGGUCCUGACACAAGAGGACACUGAGAAUAAAUCUUUUUAAUAUCCACUAAAACCUUUAAAACCAGCAGAAACAUGAACGUCUGCUCGAAGAUAAGUUCUCGUACCAGAUCAUAAAACAAGAAAACAAACAUUUAGACUUUUACUGGAUGGAAACUCUGUGCUUCAGUGAUCGUCAGUCUCAUGGGUAAAAUUCAGAAUUACUGUUGAAGGACAUCCGUCGUUUUCUUCAGUCUCUAUCACAUGUUUUUUUAAUAUUUAUGAGAAGCAUUUACAACCUAUCAGAGCUGAGAUGUUUAUAAAACAGUGAAAAAUACAGAAUCUAGAGCUCAGUGAUAAACCGAAAAUUUACAGAUACUGAAAUUUACGACAAUAACCGACGUAAUUUUGCUCAUAUCGGUACAUUCAGUGUUAAAAAAUAAAUCAAUCAAAGUUGUUUUUGGAUGUGUGUAGGUAGGCUAUGGUCUCAUGUCCCUUUAAGACGCUGUCCUACAUCAGAGACGUGACUCCGCCCCAUCCGGUCCGUAACAAAGAGGGAAAGACAGGUGAGGAGAUGGAGGACGGUUCAGAAGUUGGAGCGGCUGAAGUCGACGAAGUUAAUGUGGGAGGGGGGGAGCAGCUGGUGGAGAAGUUAUCGUCUAUUUAUCGUUAUCGAGGUGAACUGAUCAAUAUAUCCUAAUAUUGAUUUGAGGCCGUAUCACCCAGCCCUACCAGAAUCUGGUGGUUGGGUAACAAGUCAGGACUGCAGGCUUCGUUCAGUUUAAUCUGCAGUUAUGGGUGUAAAAAUAAACUCUGUUCACAGACUCGGUUUGAGCUCAUGUGGUGAUUUCCACUCCAGAGAACAGCCUCCUGGGUUUCCUCAGCUUCUGUGGAUGUUACACAACUUUUUAGAGUUUUGUUGUUCAGCCAAACUUUUCUAAAAUCCAAAGUCAGCAUUUUUUUCUCCGUUUCAACUUUAGAAUUUUUAGUUUUUGCACCUUUUUAAAUUAAAAAAAAGAUUUUAAAUGGUUUUCAUAUCAUUGAGUUCAACAUUUUGAACAGCUUCCAAGACUGUAUAGAUUAUAAUCAAAUGUUAUGUAAGGUGUCCUUCAGUGUCCUGAAAGGCACUUAUAAAUAAAAUAUAUUAUUAUUUUAUUUUUUAUGUUAUUUUUUUAAAUUAUAAUAACUAUUAUUAUUUGUAGUAGUAGUAGUAGUAUCAUAAUAAUAAUAAUUAUUAUUUAUUCUUAGUGGAUAAAUGAACAUUUCUCAUAUUAUUAUUAUUAUAAUAAUUACUAUUAUUUCAUUUUUAUUAUUUCUUAUUUUUAAUUUUUAAUUAAUUAUUGUUAUUGUUAUUAUCAUUAUUAUCAUUAUAAUAAUGAUUAUUUAUUUUAAAAAAAAUUAUAUAUUUUUUUUAUUUCUUAGCCAGUAAAUGAACCUUUAUAUUAUUAUUAUUAUUAUUAUUAUUAUUAUUAUUAUUAUUAUUAUUAUUAUUUAUUCUGAGCGGGUAACUGACCCUCUCUCCUUCUCUCGCUCUCUCUCCUUCUCUCUUUCUCUCUCUCUCUCUCCCUCUCUUGCUCUCUCUCCCUCCCUCCCUCUCUCUCUCUCUUUCUCGCUCUGCAGCCGUCCUGGUCAGCGCCAUGGUGUGGAUCAUCGAGAUCAUCGCUAACUCCGCCCCUCUCUUCCACGACGAGCUCUUCCAGGAUCGCUUCAAUCACACCUUCUGUUUUGAGAAGUACCCCAUGCAGGACUGGGUGGCGGGGAUGAACCUCUACAGGACUUUUCUGGGCUUCCUGGCUCCGUGGACCGCCAUGCUCGUGGCUUACCGCGGGAUCUUAGCGGCGGUGCGCUGCAACGUCUCCACGGAGCGUCAGGAAAAGGCCAAAAUCCAGCGCCUGGCGUUGAGUCUCAUCCUGAUCGUCCUGCUGUGCUUCGGGCCGUACCACAUCCUCCUCCUGGUGCGGAGCGUCAUGUUUCUGAGGAAACCAUGUGACUGCGGCGCAGAGGAGAGCUUGUUCGCGGCGUACCACGUGUCUUUAGCGCUGACCAGCCUCAACUGCGUGGCGGACCCGAUCCUGUACUGUUUCGUGAACGAGGGGGCGCGGCACGACGUGGGUCGAGCUCUCUCUGCUCUGCUGUCAGCAGCCUGUCACAGACGCUCCUCUUCCUCACCGUCACACGCCGACAUACUGAACGCCGGCUCGGUCACUAUGGAAACGCCACUGUCAGCAAAGAAGCAGCCGUAUGUGUACGCUGAGGGAGGUAAGACCAGCAGCUACAAGACUGAGCUGGCGGCUCUGAAGGAGGAGUGUCUGCAGAUGACCAUCCUCAGCGUGAAGAAGUGACCUGAACGUCAGAGCGAGGCGUUCGAUUGGCUCAGAGCGGCUCCUGACGCUCACGGCGCCUGAUGGCGCCUGACGGGCUGAAACCAGCUGGUUUUAGCGAGGAACUGAGGAGUCGGAACAGGCGUGAGAUCGAUGAACAGAGGAGCGGCGGCGUGAUGUUUGAGGAGCAGAAGUUCAGACUGAGGGUCAGGUUCUGCUGAGAGGUCCUGUUCAGAAUAAAAGGACGGUUCUGGGUCAGGUGGACCACGGAGGACUUCUCAGACCAACAACAGAUCCGUGUUUUUAUCACUGAGGUUUCUGAUGAUCAGAGCGUCUUCAAAAACCUGUAGACCCUGAGAGCGUACAGCAGUCACAGCGCCAUCUUUAGGACUUUUAGGCAGAAUUGAGAAAAUUGUCCCGCCCCCCCCACACACAAACCUCUCCCCUCUGUGUUCCACCAUAACUCCGCCCCCUGAACCUGUAUUGCCCUCCCCACGACACACCCCCUCUGGCAGAAGAUCCUACGCUAGCUUCAAAUAGGAUUCACCAUGUCGGAUUGUUAGUGACUAGCGGCGGUAAACACCAGCUCUGCUAGCGAGCGCCGUCUGCAGCUGCCUGGACAGCCACCGUGUUGACAUGUCAGAGACUAAUCAGAGUUAUUUAUGUAACAUGAGCCACGAUAAAAGGAGAUAAAAAUGACCUCGACCCCGCCCUUUUGCGUUUUACCACUUUUGGCGGUGUGGCGAGCAGAAGUGUGUUUAUUUUUUUUUGCGUCGUUCUCCAUCACAGCUCCUGUAGCUAAGCUGCUACGCUACUUUUAGCCGCUCAGAGCUCCGAGGAGGGCCGUGAGAGAGGGAGGGGAUGAGUCAGAACUACGGGAGAGGGGUGUGAACGUUUUUGCGGCCCUGCACCUGCUCAGGUGAACAGAUUUUUUCUGAUUUCUUUUUUCUCUUCACUUUGUGGAGAUCACACUUUAGGACCGUGAUCGCCAUAGAAACGAGGUUCAUAAUAAUUAACAAUCUCUACAAUCAUCAACCAUGACUUAAACUGAUCAUGUAAUUUAACCUCCAUAGAUUAUCCAAAGACUCGGAUCUUUGACUUUUAAAACAGCGAUUUUCACUGAAACCGCCAACCCAGAGUCCUAAAGAUGGCGUCUGCAGUCAUGUGACUGAAACCCGUGAAUACGCUCUAUAUUUAACGCCUGUUCCUGUUAACAUCCUGAGCGUUAACAGUGUCAGGAGUUCUUUGGUGGUUUUUAAGUGGACCCUGCAUGUCUGAGUGGUCUGAGAGGAGACCGCAUGGACCCUGGACUUGAGUUGGACCCUCAGAGUCGACCUCAGGAGUUAAAGUGGUUGUAGAUUAAAGGUCCAAACAUUUAAAAGCUUGUGAUGCUCCGACGUGUCUGUCCUGUUUUAUUGGAGCCGUCUUCUGAAGUACCUCAGCUAACUGUGCUCACACUGAGACACGUCUCCUCUCCUACUGUCUCUCUCUGUCUGUCUCUCUCACUCUCUCUCUCUCUCUCUCUCUCUCUCUCUCUCUCUCUUUGUCUCUGUCUCUCUGUCUCUGUUUUAUUUUCCUUCUUACAGCAGAACGAUUCUUCUUUAUCGGAGCGCCCCGAACAGAGUCCUUCUCCUGCAGCUCUGCAUGCUCUGACGGUCUGCAGGAGUACUUCAGGAGGUGUUGUGAUGAAACCUCUUUAAUGUGAGUGCAUGCUGCAGGUGUUCAAGUUCAGCGCUUUAUCGAGGCUGAGACUGUUUACAUUCACUCAGACUGAUGCCUUUCUGCUGUCAUGGUCUCACAUCUUCUCUAAAGUGUUUUUGUUUUUCAGGUUUAACUUGAUUUUCUUUAUUUCUCCCUUCAUGAGUUUGUUUUCCUGAUUCCGGUAUCAAACAAACACUCCGAUCCUCCGAUCCUAAAAAGCCAAAUUUCCCGACUGUUUGAACAGUUUAAGGAAAUAUUCACUCUUUUAAAUUGUCCUUUAAAUCUUCAUGAAAAUACAGCUGACCUUUGAACCUGCUGAUUAAAUCACCUGAUUCAGAGUAAAAACUCUUUAAAGGAGCAGAGACAAACUUAUGAAGUUUGGGGACUGAAAACUCAGAAACAGAUUUAAAAUCAGACGGUUAAACUUUGUUAUCGUUCUGGUAAACGUCUCAGCCACAGUGAGUGUUGGUAAGCUCCGCCCCUUUGCUGAAAAAGGGUCAACAGAAACAGGAUGUCGGGUUUGCGACUCAGCAACAUCAUUGAGGUCAAAUUUGAGCGACUUCAACCUGAACUCUCAUCUCUGUUAUGAUCGACUUCACUCAGACAUUUCAGCACUUUUCGCAAAUCUAACACACGUAAGCGCUCGUCUGCAUGAAGGCGGUGACUCAUAGUGAACACACCUGAACCUGCAGGUAACACAGGAGCUCAGAGGACGGGUAAACUCUAUUUUCGUCUCUUUAGUUGAAACUCAACUCAACUCAACUUUAUUUGUAGAGCACUUUAAAACAAACAAUUAAAAAUAAACAAUUAAAACAAUGGCUAAAAUAAAAGCAGAAUUAAUAAUAAAAUAUAGUUUCAAUGUUUUUAAAAACUAAUUUAAAAACAUAGAAACAAAUAACUAAAAAACAAACCAUAAAACACUAAAACAGGAGCCGAGUCUCAUGCAGGGUUAAAAGCCAAUGAAUAAAAAUGGGUUUUAAGACGAGUUUUAAAAAUGAACCUGCUGACCUGAGGAAGGAAAUCUUCUGAGGAGUUAAAUAAAGAAGAGUUCUUGGGUGUGAGUCUUGGGCUCAGUUACCUGGUGAACUUGACCCUGUUCUCAGUAAAACCUCACACCUAGCGUCCUGUUUCUCAUCUCACUGCGGCUGAUUCACUUACCGGUGAGGAGAGACUCUUAAACUUCACUUCUAAACUUCUGAAACAUGUUCCUAUAAGUCCUGUACGGAGAGUAAAUAACCUGUCUCCUGUCCUGCUCAGAGUUGAGGUUCCUUUUUUGACCCCCUUAAAUCCCGUCUGACCCUCAUGACUCCGACUCUCAGUUUUCAUGACCGAGUCUGUCUUCGCAGACGGCGGCGUCACCAUUUCACGCAGUCUUCUGCUUCGUGUCCAGAUCUUAAAAAACUAAGUUCAUGGUUUCAAUCAGUGCCAGUCAGAUCGAUAUAAAAGAUGAAAAAGCAGCUGAAGGUUGAAGUGAUCCGAACAUCUUUGCACGUGAGCUUUUUGUCUGGGACGGUUUUUGGACUUUUUCAGAUCCUGGUUUCUGCCGACACGCUGCUCUGUCUACUUUUGCUUCAGUUGUGGGUGUGAGAGGAGGUACGGGGCUUCAUGAUGUGUGUUUGUUCAGAUGUCGGUGAGAAAUAAAUUAUGCAUUCAAAA